AUGAAUCGACUUGUGUUAGCGUUCGGUAUCGUCUGCUUGCUGCAGGGACUUUCUGCUGAGCCGAGACCAGAAUUUGGUCUGUCCAUAUCUGUUGCUGCUAGCGCCAAGAUAACAUCAGUGAAAAGCGAUGUGGUCAGCAUUAACGCGGAAGUCAAGGCACUAGCGCCUCUUCCCAAUCUUGACUCCGGACUAGCUAGACUUCUAACAACGAAGCAAAAGAUUGAAGAAGUCAUUUCUAACUUUGAUGGGAAGACAUCUGCCAUCCUUGCUGCCUACGAUAGCCUACUUGCCGCUACGGAUGGUAACAUUGAUAAUGCGUUCACACCCUUCAUCAAUGAAAUCAACGCUGCUACAUCAUACAUCGGUGGCGACGGUGCUGCAAUUGCAGCGACCUUGAGCGGGAUUACAUACACUGGCAUCUCGACCGAACUUAUCGAUGCGUUUGGGCGCAUUUCAGUCGGUUUGGUUGACCUGAAAAUUAAGACUUUGUCUGUGGCUGCUGCUAUCAAUGCUGCCGUAACGAGCGCUGGUAGCGCUAGUGCCGUCACCGCCAGCAGCUUGCGCCAGUUCUUGACGCUGAAAAAGAUGUACGACAUGUUGAAGUCGGCUACCACCCUGCGUACGUACUUGCCGCUAGUAACGUACAUUCUCAAAACGGCAAAGGAAAACGUGAUCGAAGCAGACUCGUUCGUGCUGAAUCUGAAGUCCAUGCUAAACACCGAUGUAAGCUCGGUUUCCACCAGCUUCGCCUCGGAUCUUGACGCAAAGACUGCCGAAAUCAAAGCUGAUAUUGCGGCCAAAUUUGCCAUUGACGCUAAUGGUGCCGCUGGUGUUGAGACAGGGUACUUAGCCCUGACCGGUCUUAACUCUGCUACGCAGUACAAUGAGCUGAGCACACAAAUUGGCGUUCUGAAAAAUUUGUUCACGGUCUCAGCACUGUCCGCACAGACGACUACUUUAAGUACUGCAUUCGCCACUAUUACCAGUGGGCUGCAAGCACUGAUCACCAGCCUGCAAACUGGUACCUCUGUGAACGAUAAUACGUUGGUCAACAGCCUAGUCGACACGCUGGUCGGCAACGAUAAGUACGGUCGCUACUGCUACAAUAAGUACAAGUAUAUUGUGGAGGGUCUUUUCGAUCUGUCCUUCGACGCUGGCUGGCAGUGCGUUGACAAGGAGUUGAUUCGUCUAGAGCAGUUGAGGGUUACGCUCUUGCUCAUCAUCGACCUGCUGGCGGUGGACUUUGAAGAUGUGUUGAAUCAAGUUGGCGUAUGCAACCAGCUUACCAGCGCCACCAAUCUGAACACUUGCGUAACACAGCUGAGCAUGUAUUACACCAACCUGUUCCUUGCCACCAAGGAUAAGAUUGCCGCCGUGUACACGCUUGCCGGCGACGAGGCCAUCGCAGUCGAGAACCGUCUGCUUAUCUGCUUCCAGCUAAUUAACCUGGAUUCGUCCAUCACGCAGGUGGCCGCAGUGAACGCCAAUCUGGCCAUUUGUAGCGCGGAUGGCCCCACCGGCUCGGAUUAA